CUGCACUCAUUAAACACAACAUGGCACCUGCUGGCCGGGGUGUUGUGGUAGCGCUCUCUCUACUGUAUCUAUCUCGAGCCAUUUUUUCCACCGAAUUCUUUUCUACCCUCACUUUCUUCAACAGUGAACUUCACAAGCAUGGAUGUAGCUCUCCUCUGGAGUGGGAGGAAUACGCAUCCGACUGUGAGUCCUCCAUACUUCAACUGGAAGACCCAGACUGCGAGGAUGGAAACAACCCUGCCUGCGAGUCAGUUUUCUCCCUAAACGCAGAAAAGAUUCUGAGCCAAGCUAAGUUGUUUAUUGAGCAGAAGAGGUUUCCAUUUGCAGUCGACAGUCAAGACACGAAUGAGGAGCUGGCCAUAGGUUAUGUACUCAUUGGUAAUGGACUAUAUGACGAAGCCAUCAAGCAUUUCUCUGUGUUGCUGCAGGGCGACCCCGAACUGGUCAGUGCUAUCUAUGGCCGAGGGAUUGCUUAUGGGAAGAAGAGCCUGCAGGACAUCAAAAAUGCAGAGCUGGCACUCUAUGAGCUGAGCAGAGUAAUUGCUCUGGAGCCCAACAGCCCAGAGGUGUAUGAGCAGCGGGCAGAGAUCCUGUCUCCUCUGGGUAGGAUCAGCGAGGCUCUGAGCGACCUCUCCAAAGCCAUCCAGCUGCAGCCCUCGGCCCGUCUCUACAGGCACAGAGGGACCCUGCUCUUCAUAUCUGAGGACUAUGUUGCUGCAAUGGAGGAUUUCCAGCAGUCAUUAGAACUUAAAAAGAACCAGCCAAUCGCUAUGCUUUACAAAGGUCUCACAUUCUUUCACAGGGGAAUGCUUAAGGAGGCCAUAGAAACUUUCAAAGAGGCUCUGAAGUUAAAAUCGGACUUCAUUGAUGCAUACAAAAGUCUCGGACAAGCUUAUAGGGAACUUGGAGACUUUGAGCUGGCCAUGGAGAGCUUCCAGAAGGCGUUACUGCUCAAUCAGAACCACAUUCAGUCCUUGCAGCUGCGAGGAAUGAUGCUGUACCACCACGGCAGUCUCCAGGAGGCCAUAGGCAACUUCAAGCGCUGCCUGCAGCUGGAGCCGUAUAAUGAAGUGUGCCAGUACAUGAAGGGCCUUAGCCACGUGGCCAUGGGCCAGUUUUAUGAAGGCAUCAAGGCCCAGACCAAGGUCAUGCUCAAUGACCCGCUGCUGGGCCAGAAGGCGAGCUCGGAAUAUCUCAAAGUGAAAUACCUCAGAGAAUACUCUCGCUAUUUGCACUCUCAUCUGGACAUACCUGUGUCGGAAUAUAACGCUGAUCAGGAUCUUCCAGGAAACUUCAAAAACCACUGGGCCAAAAACCUGCCUUUCCUCAUCGAGGACUAUGAGGAACAGCCAGGGCUGCAGCCUCAUAUAAAGGAUGUUCUACCUCAGAACUUUGAGAGCUACAACACUGAAGUUCAGAAACUUAUAUGCACUGCUGAUCACCUCGGUGCCCUUAUGCAAUACAAUACGUCAGGGUUCCUCCCCAAUCGAAGGAUACACAGAGCUAUGGGGAUGGCCACCAUAGAGGUGAUGCAGGCGAUGCAGCGGACCUGGAGCAACUCCAAGGUGCGCGUCAACGGCAAAACCCGACAGAUGCAGUGGAGGGACAUGUUUGACAUCGCAGUCAAGUGGAGGAGGAUUGCGGAUCCAGACCAGCCUGUUCUGUGGUUGGACCAGAUGCCAGCAAGAAGCCUCAGCAGAGGAUUCAACAAUCACAUCAAUCUCAUACGGGGACAGAUUAUAAACAUAAGAUAUUUGGGAUACUUUGACAACAUACUUAAAUUUAUCAAAGAGCGAAUACUUGUUUAUCACGGAGCAUAUAACCCAAGAGGCCUGGUGGAAGUCAGACAAGCAUUAGAAAAUGUCAAUAAGGUGGAAGACCUUCUCCCCAUAAUGAAGCAGUUUAACAGUAAAACCAGGGAUGGCUUCACAGUCAACUCCAAGGUGCCCAGUUUAAAGGAUCCUGGCAAAGAGUAUGAUGGCUUCACAAUCACCAUCACUGGAGACAGGGUGGGGAACAUGCUGUUCUCAGUAGAGACACAGACCACAGAGGAGCGGACGCAGAACUACCAGUCCGAGAUCGAAUCCCUUUAUAAAGACCUGACAGCCAAGGGCAAGGCCCUAAUGUUGUCAACUGAGCUGGGGGAUGCAGAUGCCGUUUGUAAUUUAAUCCUCUCCCUGGUCUACUACUUCUGCAACUUGAUGCCCCUCUCCAGAGGCUCCAGUGUGGUGGCAUACUCUGUUGUCAUGGGAGCACUCAUGGCCAGUGGCAAAGAGGUGAUUGGUCGGAUUCCCCCUGGAAAGCUGGUGGAUUUUGAAGCCAUGACGACGCCUAGUCCUGACCGCUUCAGUAAAACAGCAAAGAGUUGGAUGAACCUGAAGAGUUUACCAGGGUGGUACCAGAGUCUUCCCUCAGUGGCCGAGACAUUUCCCACCACAAGAACCAUGAUAGAGGUCCUGAACACGGACGCGUCAUCGCACUGUCCGAAGAAGUCCUAAGCGCCGCCUCCCGACAUUAAGGAAAAUGAAAAAAGGGCCGUCUCCUCCUCCACCUUCUCUGCUCAUAGACUCACAUGGGGCCUUCUUUACAGCGCACAAUUCAAAAUUGAGAGACACAUUUUUUUGUUAAUUGUCAUGAAAAAUGGAAAGUUGCUGAAUGUCAGUUUGCGUGUGAAGAUACUUUUAAAAAGUCUGCACCGUGUUAUUAGAGGAAAGUUUUAACUUUGUACAGUUAAUGAUUGUUCCAGCAGAAUAUGUGAUCAACUGCCCCAAAUAAUCAGGCACUACAGACCCAGAGCAGAUUUGCGCAGCACAAUGUAGGUAAAUACAUGCAACCAUGUGAUUGUUUAAUUAUGAUGCGUGUCUCUACAUUUUGUGACUUGUUUUAAUCAAGUUUAUUAACAGAGAUGGUGGUUGGGGAGACUUCAACAGAAACAGUCCUUCAGGGAUUUUAAGUUCUCCCAGGAAUACUUGAACAUUCUACAACAAGCAAUCUCUCUCUAGUUUUUUUUUUCUCCCCCCUCAAGGUUGAAGGGUGACUUCAUGUCAUAAUGCCAUUAUCAAAUGUUUCCAUCAGACAAUCAUUUUCAUUUUCAUUUUAAAGCACACUUGAUCUCUCCAUGUCAGAAAUAUGCUAAGCUUAGCUGUAGCAACAUAGAGGGACGCAUUCGAAAGAUCCUAAAAGAUGUGAAUUUGCCCUUACUGUGAACUGAAUGAUUUUGAUUGGGCCCAGGGGGCUAAGGCAUUUGGUAAAUGAUUGUUACUUUUUUUUUUCUUUCAGAAAACUACUGUUUUAGUAAUUUGACAUAUCUUUAUCAAGAAUUGUUGUAUGGUGAUGGUUUGUUUUAAUUUUCAUUUCAUUUUGCACUGGGGACAUGACCAUUAAAAAGCAAAAAAAAUAUAUUUCUUCCACCCACCUCCACUACACUGUUGUCAUCGUGACUCAUGAAAAUUUCGAUUAGGGUAGACUGGCCAAUAAAGUUCUUAAGAUGCA